AUGGCGGACUACAACUUUGGCGGCUCAGAUGAGGAAAAUGCGGAGCUGAGGAAGCUCGAGGCAGAGCUGAUAAAUGACCCCGAUAACUUUGAAACGUGGGAGAAGCUUGUGCGCGGCGCCGAGGCACUCGAAGGUGGAAUCAAUCGCAACUCCAAUCCUCAAGCCAUCACCACGGUGCGCAACGUGUACGACCGUUUCCUCGCAAAGUUCCCUCUUCUAUUCGGCUACUGGAAGAAAUACGCCGAUCUGGAAUUCUCCAUUACUGGCACUGAAGCCGCAGAGAUGGUCUAUGAGAGAGGUAUCGCCAGUAUCUCAUCCUCUGUCGAUCUCUGGACCAACUACUGCUCCUUCAAGGCCGAGACCUCCCACGACGCAGACGUAAUUCGAGAUCUUUUCGAACGAGGUGCCAACAGCGUGGGCUUGGAUUUCUUGGCCCAUCCUUUUUGGGACAAGUACAUUGAAUUCGAAGAGCGGGUCGAGGCGCAGGAAAAGAUCUUCGCCAUUCUAAGCCGCAUUAUCCACAUUCCCAUGCACCAAUAUGCACGUUACUUUGAACGAUAUCGCCAGCUUGCCCAAACCCGACCCCUGGCUGAGCUUGCGCCUGCGGACACUAUGGCCUUGUUCCGUGCUGAGAUUGAAAUUGCAUCCGGCCAGGUUGCACCGGGGGCCAAAGCCGAGGCCGAGAUUGAACGCGAUUUGCGGCUUCGCCUUGAUACUUACCACUUGGAAGUGUUUUCAAAAACACAGACAGAGACGACCAAACGCUGGACUUACGAGUCGGAGAUCAAACGGCCGUACUUCCACGUGACGGAAUUGGACGAGGGCCAGCUCUCGAACUGGCGAAAGUAUUUGGAUUUCGAGGAGUCUGAAGGUUCGUACAGCCGCAUCCAGUUCUUGUACGAGCGCUGUCUCGUGACUUGCGCUCAUUACGAGGAGUUCUGGCUUCGAUAUGCCCGCUGGAUGGCCGCUCAGAGCGGCAAGGAUGAAGAAGUUCGAAAUAUAUAUCAACGCGCCAGCUGCCUCUACGUCCCUAUCGCCAAUUCCACAGUUCGCCUGCACUACGCAUAUUUCGAAGAGCUGUCCGGCCGGGUUGACGUUGCAAAGGAUAUCCACAGUGCAAUUCUCCUGAACCUUCCCAGCCACGUGGAGACCAUUAUCUCUCUGGCGAAUCUCUGCCGGCGUCACGGUGGCCUCGAAGAGGCGAUUGCAGUAUACAAGUCUCAUUUGGAUUCACCAGAAUGUGAGAUGGCCACAAAGGCUGCUCUUGUUGCCGAGUGGGCCCGUCUGCUCUGGAAGACCAAGGGAGAUCCCGACGAAGCUCGCAAGGUCUUCCAGCAAAACCAACAGUCCUACCUCGACAGCCGUCCGUUUUGGACUAGCUACUUGAUGUUCGAGAUCGAGCAACCCACCAGUGCUGAUGUUGAAGCCACCCAAUAUCAGCGCAUCAAGCAAGUCGUCUCGGAUGUGCGCUCGAAGAGCACCGUCUCCCCGGAAUUUGUAAGGGAGCUCAUCCAGAUCUACAUGGCUUACCUCCUCGAGAGAGGCACAAAAGACACUGCGAAAGAGUACAUGGCCUUGGACCGGGAAGUGCAUGGUCCAACAUCUGUUGCCGCCGCUCGAGUUGAUGAUACUACUGCAGCUCCUGCGAAGGUUGCCACGCCAGUGGCUAUGCCUCCUGCAGACCAAGCAGCCGCAACUGCGGCUUGGCAACAGCAGCAGAGUCCUGUCAAUGGCGGCUUGACAUCCUAG